UAAAAUGUGGCGACGUGGUCGCAUCGUGAUGCGGAUGUGUUCUCCCAGGGAUGCAGACGGCUUCGGACACAGCUUGCAGGUUUCCCAAAGACCUAGAUGUGAGGAAGAAGUGGGAAGUGGCUUUGAGGAGGGAAGGAUUCACUGCAAAUGAUUAUUCAAUUGUCUGCAGUCAACAUUUCAAGCAGACUGAUUUUGAUAGGACGGGUCAGAUUGUCCGACUAUGUGAUGGUUUUAUUCCAUCCCUCUUCAGCUUUCCGCUUCACCUUCAAAAAUUGGUAAAGGCCAGGGCUACGUCUACCUCCAGAAGAGCUGAAGAAAGCCUGUCCUUGGUCUCUAAGGAUUCCCCAGAAAUUGCAACCUCACACCCACAACCUCAGCUUAAUUAUGAUCAUAGCUAUGCCUUUCCUGCUUCUCCUACCGCGCUUAAGGCCAAAGUCAACAAACAUUUGGCAAGAGUGGAAAGUCUGGAGCAAGAGAAGAAGAAUGCCAUGUCCAGAGAAAAGAGGGCAAAGACCACAGUCAAGGGUGUUUUGGGGGAUUUGAGGGACAAGAACCUCAUUAAUGAAGAGCUCAGUGAGAAGCUUGCAUUCUACUCAGUUUGGUGUUUGAACCUGACACAUAGAGAUCUUCGUCCAGAAGGAAAGGCGAAUGGACUUCAUUUACAAGUAAAGACGAUGACGUCAUCUAGCGACUUCUGGCGACUUUUACAACAGCCAAUAGCUACUCUCCUUACUGAGGAGGUCAUGACACUGUUCAGCACCAGACGUCCUCCAAGCACCGCCUCACCAUUUCCACCAUGUGGAGCCAAAUUCAAACCCCAAAUGAAUAGAGUGGACUAACAGUUGAACAUGUUGCUGCAUGUCUUGUUUAGCCGAGAGCAGAAUGUCAGGCUGUGUGAUCCAACACUUGAUGGCUUCCUAAAAGAAGGCUGGAACCAGUGUCCAGCAGCAUCUGAACAUCACCACCCAAAGCUGUCAGCCCUACCUUCUUGCUGAGGGAGCAACAACAAUCACACCUACUUCCUUGUGACUGACAGGAGUGUACACACCUAAAAAGGGCGGGACAAGUCACACUAUCAAGUCGAAAAGAAAACAAACGCUGUGGACGACAGGAAUGAGAAAACAACUAUUGAUGGGGCCAAAUGUGCCAAGGUUUCAAG